AUGGAACGGAAUAACUCCGUCCCGGACGCGCUGGGUUCGCGGUCUUCUUGUUUGGACAGUGAACUCGAAGGCAACGAAGCCGCGGAGCCCACGGCGAGGUCGUUGCUCGACAAUCUACCGGCAUCCAAAGCCAAGUUCGAGAGCGACUUACAGGAGUUUUGCGCAGCAAGGGGCAUUGCGCUCAAUCUUCGGCCCUCAGCGGGCAAUCGAGUGGUCGACCUCUUCGACCUUUUUCAAAGGGUAGCUCGUGCGGGCGGAUACGACGUUCUCUCAGACCCGGAUAGCGGCGCGAGGAACUGGAAGGAAUUGUGUGAGGGCCUGCGCCUGCAGGGGCAUCUGUCCUUCCAAGUUAAAGAAAUUUACCUCAAGAAUCUCGCCGCGUACGAGAUUUACAAGCUCCACGGGCGCCAGCCUCCCACCGUUAACCUCCUUGAAGAACUACCUCCUGUCGGCGGUAACUUGCUAUCGCGUACUGUCGAGGACUACCGCGCAGUCACCGAGUCGCGUCGCUUCACCGCUGAGCAGUUGCUUCAGCAGCGCUAUCCAAGCCAGGCUAGCGACGCGAUACAGGGCUUUUUCAGCCUCUACCUACCUGAGCAGGUGCAGCAAGCGAGCGCGGCACCUCUGACCUUAUCGACAGAUUCGCAAGGCGUCGGCGGCAGCAGUGACGCGGGGCAGUGGGACCCCCUCCUCGACCCAAGUCUCCUCAUUGACGAACCAGUUGAAAGUUACGUGGCUCUCCUUGGCGAAGAGCAAGUCGUCCCUGACGAGCUGCCUGACCAGUUUCUACAGCCAUCGUCUUUACCUUCUGAAUCCACUCAGUUACAGCCCGACAUGGCUACCAACACUCGUUCGUCCCUUCGUGAGGGCUUGCGACAGGCUCCGAAGGCGAAUCAGCCUUUUGUUCCCGACACGGCACCAGUCAGACAGACGCGUUCCGCCACCCAUGCCCACACCCCGACGCAGCACAAUACUGCUUCCCCCCAACCAGCGUCCUCUCAGUCAGCCGGUUUGGAUCAGUCAUCUAAUCCUUCCAGCGCCAACUUUAAUCCGGAGCAUUUCGAAGGAAAGGAUACGAAGCAGGUCCCGAUGUCGACACGUGAGGUGGUGACUCCUGGCAAUCGCCCUGCCCAAUUCGCCGCCCAGAACGACAAGAGCAAGACAGGCCAGCAGCCUGAUUUUUAUGAUCCCUACUUUCCUCUCGAACAUCUUGAGAUCCCAAGGAGUAAGGACUUCCAAUGCUGCGUGCAUGUGGACUUCGAUUCUAACUCUGUCACCCCAGCCGACGGGAUUUACAGGCGCUGCUAUUACGGUCUCCUGUCUGAGAUUCCGGAUGAGGUCGACUUUGCGCUGUACCACCUAGUUCAGAUCUCCAACCAGCGUUGGGAUAAAUUCAAAUUCGAGGGCUUCCCCCUACUUGCUGAAACACUGAUGGCCAAGGCUAUGGAGAUUACGCUUUUGUGCAGCGGAGUCGAAUGGGAACGCGACUACACCAGUCGCCGCCUGUCGAGUAAAGUAAAUGUGUUGAACUCGUUGGAAGGAACCUCUGACCUUCUCGACCGCAUCAGGAAGAUUCCAGUCACUUACUCUAAUGACACGGUCGAGACAGAGGAAUUCAGUCGCCACCUUCGGCAUAUCUCAGAAGCUAUGCUGGUUCUGCGAAACAUGUGUCUCUUGCAUGACAACGUGCUCUACCUCACGCAGCGCGCGCAAGGAUUGCUCAGAGACUUUCUCGUGAUUAUGAUCAAUGUUCCAAAGGACCCACGUUUUAAUGAACUCAAAAAUGAUGCUCUCGACAUCGCUGAAGAGGUGACGAAGUAUCUUCGGACAAAUCCAGACGAUCCUCUAUGCAUUUCUCUAUUCAGUUGCCUUGAAUCGCAGGAUCGUGCUCAUAUUGUUCGUGCCCUUUCUGCUCUCGCUCACUUCUCGACGGAGCUAGAACCGCCGACUCCCAAUGAUGCCAUGCAGCGUGUCUCCAAAGAGAGUCUGCAGCGUUUGUACUAUUUCACACUUAUUGAACAAGAUAAGGACGUGUUGAGCGGUGCCUUGGACGUUUGGUACCAGUUCACACUUAGUCCUCCAAACGUGCGAACUAUGAUUGAAAUGCGGAGCCUUCCGCGAAUCUUUAUGCGGCGAAUGGUCAGCUUGCUGUCUUACGAAGCCAAGCCCAACAAAGUAGAAACUGUGCUUCAAGAGGAAAAGGUUGCACCGCCUCCUAGCGAGAUCCCGAAAGUGCCGCCGGAGCUUUACAAAGCCCUCAUGGAACUUCCUGAACCCGAACGUAGCUCACGAUGGCUCCGUUGUUGUUUCGUCGAAGACCCUGACUGCGAAAUCACCCAGAUUGCCCUCUGGCAAGGCUAUCAAAGCCGAUUUGCUGAUGCCAGGUUGCCAGGCGGUGGUGUUCUUCCCGCUGCGGAAUUCAUCAAGAACGUCAGCACCACGUUCACUAACGCUCAAGCUCAAGUCAUCAACGGUCCAGGCAGUGCCACGAAAUUCAUCAUCAAAGGCAUUCGUCCGCUGGAGACUGCCCGCACAUUCGACGGAUGGCCUUAUCUUUACUGCAAGUGGACCGACGAUACUCAGCCAUCGAAGCAGUGCAACCGUGCGUUUGCCACACCAAAGGAACUACGCUCACACGUUUUCGAGGAUCACAUGGGUCUCAAACCAUUAGAUCAGCCUGCCCACUACAAUCUCGAGAAGGCCGACAAGCCGAUCCAUACAUGCCAGUGGGACAAUUGCACCAAGUUCAAGUCUAGCGGCCCGAGCGACGACACCGCUAUGGUUGCCGAGCAUGUCGCGUCUCAUCUGCCGCAAGAUCGUGAUCCCAAUGCCAAGCCUCCUAGCACGCAACGGGAGAUCCUCCAACCUCGUGUUGUUCGUACGUGGGACUAUAAUGACACGCCACUCGAUGUCGACGGGGAGCCGUACGGUGUCGCGUACAAGGCGGCUCUCGUUUUGCGCAAUCUUGCGUGGAAUCUACCAAAUGAGAACUCCGAUGAGCGUUUUGGAUACCUUCCGUGGAAGAAGGCUUUGUUCAUGAACCAUCGUACUAAGAUCAUUGAGUCUUGGGAUCUCAAUCGCUCUCUGCGGAAUAUACUGACAGAUCUCAUCAUCUUGAUUGACAAAGAGGAGGCAUAA